GCCAGCAGACCACGUCAGCAGGCCUUGUCAGCAGGACAUGUCAGCAGGCCACGUCAGUCGACAGAGCAGGAACCACGUCAGCAGGCCCCCGACCUGGUCUAUGCUGUUGCGGUCACAUACAACCGUCAUGGACCAGAGGUCCGGAGAAGCAGACGAGGCCUAUCAGGCCCGGAUGCUGGCUUGGAGUACCGAAACUAAGAAACGGGCAGAUGACGCAGCAGCAGCAGCAAAGAAGAAGGCAGAGGAUGCCGAACAGGCAAGUCUGCUGGCACUUGAACAACAGUGCCAGCAUGACGAGGCAGCAGCAAGGGCUGCCGAUGAAGAAAGGAACCAACGUCGUGAGAAGAUAUUUAGCGGAGAGCAGACUUUGCUCACAACGGCAGCGGCAUGGCGGACCGAGGACGAGAAUGGCAAGUUGGAGGAUUGCGAAAACAAGAUCGCUCUCCUCCUCUCGCAUCUCACAGACCUCCUGGCUACAUGCAUCACACAGCAGGAGGAUAUCCACAGCCUCGAGGACUCGCUAGCCCAAGUCCAAAGCCGCCUUCAGCAGCUGGAGCACCCAGACAUCCAGAUGGGUUUCAAUGCCAUCCGCCACUACUUCAUCUCAAGGUCAUGUUCGACAUUAAGCAAUGCCCUGACUCACGUCGAGGACACCUUGACGACAACGACGGAACUGUUUGACAAGGCCGCGCAGAUCAUCAUCACGAACAAGGAGGCCAAGAACCUCCGUUCAUCUGCAUCAGGCCCGAGCAAGGACCAGCACCGGCCAACAGUGGCCGUGGUCGCAGCGGCAACGCCGUUUGACCAAACCAGCGAGGCUGUGUCUGCCAGUGAAGGGGACAGACUCGCAGCCGCCCGGGAAGGUGGCCGCCCCGGCAGAGGCCGAGGACGCGGCAAGACGAAGGCACACACCGCAUCUAGCCCCGGGCCUGGUGCAGCAGCUCCAGCAGACGCUGGUCUGCCCAUUGAAAGGCAAGGGCAAACAAGGAAACUGAGCACCACCGAGAGUGACUCGACAACACUCUCGACGCCUCCGGAACCGGUUUCUUCGCGAGUAACCGACCUUCAUUCCGAGGCGCACGCGGAGGUCGAUAGUCCUCCUCUUCUACUUUCUUUUGAGGACUAUGCUGUCCGGCUCGUUCCUACGCUGGGAACUCAAGCUCAAGGACAAGAAGUGUGUGUGGUUUCUUCUCCGUCCGACAACGGYGACAUAUCGUCUUCAAGUGGUUCAUCACGAGAUUCGGCGCGCGAGUUCAACAUAGAGGUAUUGGACCCGCUCACGUUCGAGGACUUUGCAUGGCUUCCUCUCCCGACCACAGGCCUCUUGCCGGGACCGCAAUGCGCAACACUAUACGCUCAUCUCCACACUUACUUAUCCUUCUAUGCACCACCAACUUCACCGACGGAUGACGAAGUCGCGGUGGGGGACAUCCUUGCGUAUACUAACAAGGUGGCCCGCGAGUUUCGCACGCAGCAGUACGUUGACAACAACGCACCGCUCAUGUAUGUCCGCAUUCAGGUAGGGCAAGCGUCCUGCAGCGCUUUGCUGGAUAGCGGCGCGUCUCGCAAUUUCAUGAGCCAAUCCUUUAUGCAAAGGGCUGGCCUUGGCGCACAAGUUCGGAGGAAGGCAAACCCGACGGCGAUCAAGUUGGCGGAUGGGAAAACGCAGCAACUUCUCGACCGUUACAUCGAGGCCGUACCAGUCUACUUCGCACCUCAUGCAUGCGAACCGGUGACAUUCGAUAUUCUCGACACGGACUUCGACAUCAUUCUGGGAAUGCCUUGGCUUGCAAGUGUGGAUCACACGAUCAACUUCCACCGGCGGACUCUUAGCGUUCGCGACGCCUUCGGCGCGGAAGUGGCGUGUACUAUUCCUCUACCGCACCCUUCGAUUCGGUGCCAAGUGGUGACGGCCAAAUCGUUCAGGGCGACUUGCGCUUAUGAGCAGCCCGAUGAGAUCGGCCUAUGUUUCCGAUGGACUGUCGCGGUAGCCGACGCUUCACCCACAAACUUGUCUUCGGACCCCCGGGUGGUGCGGUUGCUGGACGAGUUCGCCGACAUCUUUGAGACACCUACCGGUGUGGUGCCGGAUCGACUCAUCUCUCACGAGAUCAUUCUUGAGGCCGGUGUCGUGUCGCCGAAAGGUUGCAUCUAUCGCAUGAGCAAAGAGGAGUUUGAGCUCAACGCGCAAGCCGUCAAGAAUGCGAGGCCUCUUCCUCGUAUCGACGAUCUUCUUAAGCGACUGGGCGGCGCAAAGUAUUUUUCUAAGUUGGAUUUGAAAUCGGGAUAUCAUCAAAUCUCGAUCCGACCGAACGAUCGCUACAAGUCCGCGUUCAAGACGCGGUACGGGCAUUUUGAGUGGGUGGUCAUGCCUUUUGGCCUCAUCAACGCUCCGACAACCUUUCAGGCGGCAAUGACCAAUGAGUUUCGUGCAAUGUUGGACCGGUUCGUGCUGGUCUACUUAGACGAUAUUCUCGUCUAUAGCCGGUCAUUGGAGGAUCAUCUUGGACAUCUUCGACGAGUGUUGGAGACGCUCCGCCGCGCCAAGUACAAGGCCAACCGCGACAAGUGCGAAUUUGUCCGGCAAGAGUUGGAAUACUUGGACCAUUUUGUCACACCGGAGGGCAUCAGUCUGCUAUCGAACAAGAUUCAAGCCAUCCAAGAGUGGCCGGAGUCUCGGAACGUCACAUAUGUCCGCUCGUUCCUUGGUCUCGCUGACUACUAUCAGCGUUUCAUCAAAGGCUACUCGAAGAUCACGGCCCACUUGAACAAGCUUCAAUGCGAGGAUCGGCCGUUUGACUUCGGAGAGGAGGCACGGGAAUCAUUCUUCGCUCUCAAAGUCGCGCUAUUGUCUGCGGAGGUCUUGCGGAUAUACGACCCGCUCUUGCCUAUGCGCGUCACUACGGAUGCGUCAGGCUAUGGCAUUGGUGCAGUCCUCGAGCAACAUGAUGGUGUGGACUGGCACCUGGUCGAGUAUUUUAGCAAGAAAGUGCCCAUCGUGCAUUCCAUUGACGAUGCACGCAAGAAGGAGCUCCUCGCCUUCGUCCACGCGCUCAAGCGGUGGCGGCACUUCCUCCUUGGUCGAAGCCAGUUUCGAUCGGUAACGGACAACAAUCCGUUGGUCUUCUAUAAGACCCAAGACACCGUCAACAGCACCAUCGCUCGAUGGAUGACUUUCAUCGACCAGUUCGACUUCUUUCCCGAUCACAUUCCCGGGAAGUCGAACCGUUUUGCGGAUGCUCUUUCACGGCGUCCUGAUCAUUGUACCGCGGUCUACUCAACCUUCGAGAUCGAUGAUGACCUGCGGAACAGCUUCAUCCGCGGCUACCAAGCCGACCCCGAGUUUUGCGACAACGACGUCAUGAGCUAUUGCGAAUCAUGCGAGGUUUGCCGACGCUGCAAAUCCCGCAACCAUUGUCUGUACGGUGAGUUACGACCAUUACCGGUCCCGUUGAGGCGAAGGGAAGCGAUUGCCAUGGACAUCACGGGGCCAUUCCCCAAGCACAAGACCGGCGUGGAUGGGAUUCUCACGGUGGCCGACCGACUCACCAAGUUCGCCAUGUCUUUGCCUUGUCGCUAUCAUGCCAAGGCACCGGAGUUGGCCGAGGUUCUUUACGCCGGUUGGAUUCGAACCAAGGGUUACCCCAAGGAGAUCGUCUGCGACCGCGACGCCCGGUUCAUGUCCGAUUUUUGGUUGGCGCUCAUCAAGCGAUGGGGCUCAUCUCUCAAGCCCAGUUCAGCUUGCCACCCUCAGACCGAUGGCCAGACGGAGAGGGCACAUCAGACCGCACAGGUUCUCCUUCGCACUCUCAUCCGCCCCGACCAGAAGGACUGGGUUGAGUGGCUGCCGAAUGUCGAGUUGGCCUACAACACUUCCAUCCACCCGACUAUCGGGAUAUCGCCUUUUGAGUUCGAGCACGACUCACCGAUCACUUCACCGUUGGACACUAUCACUCCACGGAUGGCUGAGAGCGACGACCAUCUUCUUUUCUUGCGUCGAAUGCAAGAGCUUCUUGUCAAGGCACGCAACCAGAUGGCUAAGACGCAGCAGCGCAUGAGCCAAUAGGCCAAUCGUCAGCGUCUUCCUAGUCCAUUCCGCGCCGGUGACCUCGUUUGGGUUUCCGCAGCGAAAUUCAGCCUU